AUGCAAUCUGAUGAAAUAAUCCAUAGAGGCGCUUUCAUUGAAGUCAAAGCGAUUCCAUUCACUAUAAAAGAUCACAAAUGACAAGCGAAAUGAGAAUAUGUUCAACGCAACAAUCGGCCAGAAUUGAGGUCUAUUGACAUGGUUUGUAUUAUUCCCACAUUUAAAGAAAAUUCCAAUGAAAUCCUGGUCUUGACGGCUAUGUAUAGAUGCUCGUCGGAAAAAAUAAUUUUGAGUUUGCCUUCAGGGUUUGUCCAAGAUGGGGACUUGGUAGAAAAUUCUUUAGAUAUUUUGUAUAGGAAAACUGGAUACUUAGGGAAAUCUGAGGAUGUCACUAUUCUUGGGACCCCUACUCAUUCAGACCCAUGAAAAAGCAAUGAAACAAUUCAAUAUGUAAAAAUCAAAAUAAAUCAAAGUUUAGAAGAAAAUAUGGGGAUUAGGGAGAGAGAUGACUCUGAAAUGAUUAAAAUAGAAACUGUGCCAGUUCACGGACUUUUGGAAAGCCUUUUCAAGCUUUGUCAAGAGAAUGACUAUUUGCUCGACUCAAGGCUAUAUACUUUGGCACUUGGGAUUGAGAAAAAAAAAUGUUCGAAUUCAAAUAAAAUUAAUUAG